AUUAUCAUUAUUAUUAUUAUUAUUCAUUUUCGAUACGUCGAUCAAGAAUGAUACCACUUUCUUGGAUUAUUUGCAUUCUUGCUAUAGGAGUUAACGCGUCAGUGAAUGAAAGUUUUGGGAAUCACCCGACGGUUGUAAAAGUUUUCAGAAACCACACGGUUUUGCUACCGUGCUCUGUGCAGGAUCUUGGGGUACCAACCAGAGUAAAAUGGUGGGGUAAUGGAAGUCCUUUGGCUGACAGCGAUGAUCCUAAAUUGAUAAUUCCCGAAAGAAUUCGAUUAUGGCAGAACCUAAGUUUAGAGAUUUCCAACGUUCAACCAGGAGAUACGGGAGAAUACGUGUGUCAAGCGUCACGACCAACUCCUUGGGGAUAUGUUACGCGCGUCCACGUUAUCGAAGUUAUGUAUCCACCGAGUAUUCACACAAUACCGGAAUCCGGUGUACUGGAAGUCAGUUUAAAAGAGGAAGUCAACAUGGAGUGUGUCCCAAGUGGUGUCCCCACGCCAGUCGUCUCUUGGUGGGCCAAGGAGGAGAAUAUACUAUUGUUGACCAACAAACCACAAUUAAGAUUUUACGUGGAUCAUCGUAAUCGUUCAGGACAAUACACCUGCAUCGCCGACAAUGGUAUCGGUGAUCCAGCCUUGGCAACGAUCGAUCUUCGAGUAAAAUAUAAGCCUGAAAUUAUUAUACAUAAGCCAUGGGUACAUGCGUCCCCUGGACUUCGUACCCAAUUAGAUUGCAAUGUUAUUGCUUGGCCCGAUCCUGAAGUUGAAUGGUUCUUCACUAACACAACGAUACCCUAUUCAACAAGAAUAAUGAAGCACAGUUCAGGACAUAAUCACAGUUUAAUGAUAAAGAACGUGAUGACGAAAGAUUAUGGAUUUUACUUAUGCAGAGCAUGGAAUUCCUUGGGAAUAACCGAAGCAGUUAUACAAUUGUCAGGAGCCGCAAAUCCUGCGGUUUUCAAAGAAGUUAAGAGUAUAUCCAAAACUGCAUUCAAUUUCAUUUGGGAAGUCGAUUGCUAUACUCCCAUCGUUGAGUAUCUCUUCUCAUUUCGCCGAUACAAAAAAUACAUAUCCGAAGAUGAAGAUUCUGAUGAGAUGACCAUGGCAUACAAGUGGCACAGACUUUACAUACCAAGCGGAAGCAACGCGAUUGGUCCUGUACAUGCUCGAUCCUUUAAUUUGACAGGAUUGGAUGAAGCCACUCAUUACGAAGCUUUCGUGGUAUCAAGAAAUCGUUAUGGUUUUAGUAGGCCAUCUAAAAUCAUUAAAUUUGCUACGGAAGGUGCUCCACCUGAUGCUGAAGACUAUUACAAAACUACCAAAGAAGUGCCAGAAGAAAAAAUCAACACUGUCAUACAAUUGGCUUCGGUAUCUCAACAAUCCAGUGUGGACAACAACAAUGGAUGUACUUCUAUGACGAAGAAAAGCAUUGCUCUUGUCGUAUUCUUUUCCUUGUUAUGUUCAAAUAUAAGGUUAUUAUAGGUUGUCCGACUGUAAGUACAAUUAUUGCAUAAGGAGACUUAUCUUUCCGUUAUUUCUAUAAAAAUGAAAAAACAAAAGUUCGAAGAGAGUAUUAAAAAAAAAGAAUCGUAACAAUCUUCAUCCUAUAUUAGGAUAGAUGACAGUACCUUUUAUAAUUAAAAAUAAAUCAAUAUUAUUUUAUAUACACAUACUUACAUAAUAAUGUAUUACUAUUAUUUCUUUGAAAUGAAAAACAAAAGAUUAUUAUUUCAAUAAUAAAUCGAAUUUAUACAGGAAACUAUGUUAUCAACCACAUACUCGUGCAAUCCUUGCUAAAUUAUCAUGGAACAUGUUCCACCAAAAAAUCUAGAAUAAUAUACUCUUAUCAAACAUACAAACUAUAUAAAUAAAAUGUGACAAAUGAUCCACAGGAUAUCUCUAAAAGGAAAUAGGAUUAUCACAUUAUAAAAGAUAUAUCAUAGAAAAAGAAAUAAACCAUUAUGAAAUGAAUUUAAUGUUAACAUUAUACAUCCUGUGACAAAAAUGUAAUGCUUCCAUUCUUUUUUACUGCUUGUUGUUGACUGUUGCUUGUAAUAAAUUGUGUUCUUAUUCUUUUACAGAGCGA